UGCAGAUCGUGGAUCCAUCUAAAUACCUCUCUAUGGCCACUCGUGUGCUCAGCCAUGUGCAACGUGGGCUGAUCCGUCAUCAGUGGACGAACUCCGCUAUUGGUCUCGGCUCGGUUUUACAGAGGCGCACCAUGUAUAAUGGAGGUUAUCCUUACCAUUACGUUACGUACUUCGAUGAUCCUAACUAUGAUUGCGAGGCUGAUUUCGAGUUUGAAGAGAUCCCUCGAGACGAGUUCGGUGUUCCAGCUCACAUCCCACCUGAAGUCUCGACUCAAAUCCGUCACACUUACUACGUGCCGCCUCAAUACUUCCCCUUUUUGAAAAAGUUGGGUGACGACACUCCUGAGUUGAAGCCCUACACCGACAAGUUGAUCAUGGGCGAUAUGACGUAUGACGACUACGAGGAAAUGUUCUACAAAUUUGCCAAACCACUCAAGAUCUACCGCCAUCGUAUCCCACUGCCCUAUCGUACAGUCGAUGAGAUCAAACAGGAAGACUACGUUACAUGGUGUGGCAAGUGGUAUUCAUUCCGACAGAGAGUGCAGGGCGACUAUUAUUCUCGUCAUUACUUCCGCGAUUGGCUCAUCGGAAUCAUCCUCGGCUGCUAUUUCGGCCACCUGGCUGUUGUCCAACACAGACAGUACCGUAUUGAUAUGAAACUCUUCUACCUGGAGGCUCCGGAGCACAAGAUCAACUGGGUGAAGCCCCGUGGUGACCUCUAGUCGACGAUGACAGUACUACCUUCUUUCGCACAGCGGCUUGGAGACGAGUCGCACCACAGCAAGAGGCCUGGUGAUAUUUUUCAUGUAGUGCAAUAUUAGAAUGGUUUUGA